AUGUCCACCUUCGAGCCAGUUGUCGUCAUCGACGGCAAGGGACACCUCUUGGGUCGCCUGGCCAGCAUUGUGGCAAAGCAGCUGCUGAACGGGCAGAAGAUCGUCGUCGUGCGAUGUGAAGCUCUCAACAUCUCCGGCGAGUUCUUCCGCGCGAAGUGUCCUUUCCACUUCCGUGCUCCGUCCCGUAUCUUCUACAAGGCCGUCCGGGGCAUGAUCCCGCACAAGACUGCCCGUGGUGCUGCUGCGUUGGAACGGUUGAAGGUGUUCGAGGGUAUUCCUCCGCCAUACGACAAGAAGAAGCGUGUUGUCGUCCCCCAGGCCCUGCGUAUCCUCCGUCUCCGGCCCGGUCGCAAGUACUGCACCGUUGGCAGACUGAGCCACGAGGUCGGCUGGAAAUACCAGGACGUUGUUGCUAGACUGGAGGAGCGGAGAAAGGUCAAGAGUGCCGCCUACUACGAGCGCAAGAAGGCUGCUCGACGACUGCUGGCACAGGCCCAGAAGACGGCGAAUGUGGAUGAGAAGAUCAAGAGCCAGCUGGCUGAGUACGGAUACUAG